UUUUCAAUUAUUUCAGAUCCCCUGCUGACAGUGGUUGUGGAGGCCUGUUGUUUUAUACUUUCCCGCAGACAAACACAGAUUACCGGUGUAAGUGAGGUUUUCCCUGCAUUGGUGUCAUCUAGACUACUCUACCAGCUUUAUCAUAUAUCAUAUUUAUCAAUAAAGAAGAUUUUAUUAAAAUCAAACAUGGAACACACUGAAAAUAACUCCACAACUUCUACCUCUGAUAGUGAUGAUCUAAUGAAUGAUCAGGCCUGUGAAAUGGUGUAUAGAAACGGACAAGUUUUUGUUAAUGAAAAGGCUUAUGAAAUGGCUUACAAAAAUGAUCACGAUCUUGUAGAUGAGCAGGCCGGUAAAUCUGAGAACACUAAUGAUUCUCUUGUCAAUGAUCAGGACUGUGAAAUGGUGUACAGAAAUGGCCAAGUUUUUGUUAAUGAAAAGGCUUAUGAAAUGGCUUACAAGAAUGAUCAAACUCCUGUUGAUGACCAGGCCUGUGAAACUCAGAGCACAAAUCGUGUACUUGUUAAUGAUCAGACCUGUGGAAAAGAGUCCAAAACUGAUGAUUCAAUGGAGCAGUUUAGCAGUUCUUGUAUGGAAGUGAUGAUGAAUCUUGGAAUAUAUAACAAUUUAAAUGCAGCAUCAGGGAGUGGUCCUUCUGAGGAAGGCAAACAAAUUCCCUGCACUGCAAACUCUACUGAGAGUCAAACUUCAAAGGAAGAGAGCAAAAGUAAAGCAGGUACAAGUAAUAUUGUAAAAGAAAAAGGCCCAAAAGCAAAGCCUUAUAUAUGCUCACUAUGUGAUAAAGCUUUUAGCGUAUUGCAGACUUUAAAGAAACACUUGAGGGUUCAUACUGGUGAAAAACAGCCCUAUCUGUACAAGUGUCAUAUCUGUUCCAAGGAGUAUGUUAAAAACUCCACCCUGCGGAUCCACUUUCAGAGGCAUCACCCUGAUUCUGAUGAUAAACCUUUCAAAUGUCCCGUCUGCGGAGAGUCAUUCUCCCUUCUGGCCGAGCAAAACGAACAUUUAAAAGAACACAAAGAUUACAAACCAGUCACGUGUAACAUAUGUGGAAAAGGAUUCACUCGAAAAAUGGGGCUUCAUCUGCACAUGCUAAAUCACUCCGAAACCAGACCUUAUGGCUGUGAAACUUGUGGCAAGACCUUCACAUUCGAAAUGCAUCUUCAACAGCAUCAGAAAUCCAACAACUGCUUGAAGUUUUUUACCUGUGAAAUUUGUGGGAAAGUUCUUGCUUCAAAACAGACUUUAGUUUUGCAUAAGAUGAUUCACACUGAUGAGAAGAAUGUGGAGUGUGAGGUGUGCAUGAAGAAAUUCAGGUCAAAGGGUUUACUUAAAAGACACAGUCGUAUUCACACAGGCGAACAGCCUUACCAAUGCGAGAUUUGUGGAAUGAGGUUCACACGCAAGCCCCCUUUGGUAGAGCAUAUGUCAACACAUACUGGCAUUAAACGCCAUCUUUGUGAAAUUUGCGGGAAGGAGUUCAAUUGUAGUACCUACUUUAAGGCACACAAGCGGAUUCAUAGUGGAGAAAAGCCUUAUGAAUGUGAAACAUGCGGGCAAAAAUUUACACAAUGUUCGCAUUUGAGAAGACAUGAAAAGAUUCACAUCAGGAAUGCCUGGACUGCAGGAAGGUUUACCAUUGGCUCUAUACUUUAAAAUAGACAUGUCAAAAAGACCUAUUUGUCUUUUGAUCAUUUUAGAUAAGGGUGGAGAUUUUUUCAAAAUCACAUAUAUAUGUUAUUUCUAACCAUUCACUACUGUGUAAUUUUUAGAUUUUUUCCACAACUUUUAUGAUGUUUGUAUUUUUAUUAUGAUAUUCUUUAGAUAAAGACUUUGAAUGAAAAUCAUAUUUUUCAUUUAAAAAAAAAAUAUUUAUUUUUCACUUUCGUUAAGAUAACGAUUGUUAAAUCAUAAAAAAUAGCGACAUUCUUCAUAUUUU